AUGGCUCAGUUGAUUGAGUGCAUGUCGGAUCGGAUCGAGUCUUUAUGCGAACGAGUACGGAAUACGCGCCAGAUCCAGGUCAAAGAGAUCCAGAAAAACAUUGAGAUGCAGUGGGCGACUGCACAGGACUUAAUUAAGCGCACCCCAACCCCGUCCUCGCUGGUAUACACUGACGUGCAUGCCAUUGAACGGGCUACCGAGACUAUGCGCAAACGCCUCGUCGACAGCUUAGCUGCCCAGGACACGGUCGCCAACGUCGCACAUGGAGCCUCGAGCAACGACGUAGACCAGUACCUCACGGACGUAAGACGCUCGGCCAACAUCGUCGCAGCAGCGCUUCAGCAAACAGAGGUGUAUCGAGCCGUUCUCGAGUAA